CAUGGAGCAAUAUUCAGAAUCUAUACAGAGUUCAUCGGUCAUAGAUCACGUGAACGCAACCAUUGCUUCUGAUUGGUCGUGGACCCCGAUCAAGUGGUCUUGGUGGAUAAUCAUCCAAUUAGUGCUGGCUAUCUUGGGGAUAUCGGGGAAUCUCUUGGUCAUUCUUGUUCUAUUUCAGCGUAGAUCUUACCGGAAGCCUACCGAUAUUCUAAUUGGCGGUCUCGCAGCCGCCGAUUUCAUCACGUCCAUCUUCAUGAUUCCUCAACCGAAGCUAUCAGGCGUCCCCGAUACCAUCCUGGGCGAGAUCGCCUGCAAACUGAUAUAUUCAUCUGUAUUCCUAUGGAUAUCGAUCAGCUGCUCCGUUUUCACUCUCACUGCUAUCUCGAUAGAACGAUAUAUCGCGGUGGUCCACCCUUUCCAAUUCAAACACUGGGUGACGCCAAAGAAAAUCGCCAUUUGGUUUGUUAUUAUCGCCUUGGCAGCGAUCGCGAUAAACAGUCGCACGUUCGGUACAACCUGGGUUGACGGCGAACAUGGGAAAUGUACACAUAGAUACAGCGACAAGGGUGUUCAGACAUUUUCUGGAAUCAUGGUGUUCUUGGUCCUCUUUAUCAUCCCCACUCUUAUAAUGCUAGUGUCUUACUCCCUCAUCGCCCGCAGCUUACGCAUAAGGUCCAAGCAGUAUAAGCUCCAACAUAGCGUCCAGAAGAGCGGCCAUGGGUCAGGUCCAUCAGACAGGCUCCUGAUCGCCAGGAACAAGGUCAUCAAGCUCAUGUUCGUCGUCAUCGUCACGUUCAUCGUCUGCUGGGCAGCGGAUAGCGUGGCUCUCCUGGCCUACAACAUGCGAUGGGUGGAGCGGUCCUACCUCUACAGUAACGUCUAUCAUGUUCUUGUCGUGAUGGCGUAUUUCAACACGUGCGCAAACCCACUCAUUUAUGCCAUCCACUACCCGGAAUUCAGGCAAGCCGUCAAGGACCUGUUCUGUGGCUCUGGAACCGUCAGAUCUUCCCUGUUUGGAAAGGACUAUAAUCUGACCACGAAAGGCAGGGUCUAUGUUAACGCUAUCGUCUGAAAGAUGUUGACAGACCUAAAUUUCCGCCGAUAUUACUCUAAGUUAACUCAAAUUAAGUAGAAAUAAUGUUUGAACACAUCCAGACAUCCGUUGCUUACAGUUCUAUUUUGGAAUUUUUGUUGACGUAUCGUCAACACCGACCUGUAUAGGAUAUGUAUAUAUUUUCGUGUAACCACCGUCCUAAUAAUUGCAGAUUGUGUAAACCCUUUGCACAUUGUGAACACUGACAACUGAUUAAAAA